AUGCUGCUGUCCUCCUCUGUCUUUGAUAAUACUUUUGGCAGGAGUUUGCACAUUGACCUUGUCCUGGCUGGAUUCCAUCGUGAAUGGCCAUCGCUGCUGAAAUACUAUAGCCACACAGACGGUGUUAGCUGGCUUGAAGAAUACAAAGCACGGCACAAUGCUGGCCUAGAAGCUCAGAGAAUUGUAGCUUCAUUCUCCAAAAGGUUCUUUUCAGAACAUGUCCCCUGUGAUGGAUUCAGUGACAUUGAGACUCUCGGGUGCCCGAGUCAUUUUUUUGAGGAUGAGCUGAUGUGUAUCCUUAACAUGGAAGGAAGGAAAGGUCUCACCUGGAAGUACUAUGCAAAGAAAAUUCUAUACUUCCUACGCCAACAGAAUAUAUUAAAAAAUCUGAAAGAGUAUCUUCAGCGUCCAACUGAUCGGCAGUCAUUUUUAGAGGGUGCUGUUUUAAUCGAUCAAUACUGUAACCCACUGUCAGACAUCUGCUUAAAAAGUGUCCAGGCACAGGUGGAUGAUAUCACAGAUAAAGUGCGCAAAGUCCUGCGGACGAAAAAUCCAAGGCACCCCAGCUUGGCUUCUAAGGCAGGAGAGGUCCUGGUUCCAGAAGUGGAGCUUCAGCGGCAGGUACUUGAUGCUAUGAAUUGUGUCCUAUAUGAGCAGUUAAAAUACAAAGGAAACGAGCUGGAUUACUAUAACUCCCUGAAUUCGUACAUUCACCAGGUUUUGAUCCGCAGGACGGGAAUUCCCAUCAGUUUGUCUGUGCUUUAUUUAACAAUUGCCCGGCAGCUAGGAGUCAAGCUUGAACCAGUCAACUUCCCUAGCCAUUUUCUGCUGCGAUGGUGUCAAGGAAAAGAAGGAAGCACAGAUAUUUUUGACUACACCUACAUUGACGCCUUUGGGAAGGGGAAGCAGCUGACAGUGAAGGAGUGCGAGUACCUUAUUGGCCACCAUGUGACAGAGGAAUUCUAUGGAGUGGUGACUGCAAAAGAGGUCUUGCAGCGUAUGGUGGGAAAUCUCUUAAACCUUGGCAAACGAGAAAGCACUGAUCAGUCUUACCAGCUCUUGAGAGACUCGUUGGAUCUAUACCUGGCCAUGUAUCCGGACAAUGUGCAGCAUCUAAUGCUCCAGGCUAGGUUAUACUUCCACCUGGGAAUCUGGCCAGAAAAGGUUCUGGACAUUUUGCAGCACAUUCAGGCUUUGGACCCAUCACAGCACGGGGCCGUUGGGUACUUAGUUCAACAUACCCUAGAGCAUAUUGAGCGCCGGAAGGAGGAGGUGGGACCUGAAGUGAAGCACCGUUCAGAUGAGAAGCACAAAGAGGUCUGCUUUUCCAUCGGGCUGAUUAUGAAACACAAGCGAUAUGGCUAUAACUGCGUGAUUUAUGGCUGGGAUCCUGCCUGCAUGAUGGGGCAUGAAUGGAUCCGGAAUAUGAACGUUCACAGCCUUCCACAUGGCCCCCACCAGCCUUUCUACAAUGUGCUAGUGGAAGAUGGCUCUUGCAGAUAUGCUGCUCAAGAGAACCUGGAAUAUAACUCAGAGCCUCGGGAGAUUCCUCACCCUGACAUUGGCCGCUAUUUUUCAGAGUUUACCGGCAUUCACUACUUAGCAAAUACCGAGCUAGAAAUUCGGUACCCGGAAGAUUUGGAGCUCACACGUGCCACAGUUCAGAAGAUCUACAGUUCAGGCAAGGAGUGAGUGCAGAAGGCAUCUUGAGGACAGAAGCAGCUGGAGUGUAGCUUUACCCUCUUUGCAGAACUUGCGUGGAAGGCAAGUUUGGUGACAAUCCUUUGGCUUAACGUAUUGAAAACUGCAUUGAACUUUGCAACUGGUGC